CUCAAAUGUAUUUUUAUUAUAAUUACAAUUAUCGUUACCAAUAUUAAAAACGUAAUAUUAAAGCUUAUAAUUAAAUAUAUAUUCUGAUGAUAAUAUAUUUGCGGAUAUGAUUUGCAUUUAUCAACACCAGAUGGCGGGAUUGAAAUUACUACUGCAACGAAAACCGCAUCAAGUAGACGGUAGCUGCGGGACUGGCUUCUAUAUCAGUAAUUCCUCCGCUCUGUUACCAUAACAAUAGCAGCUUAUCUGGCUCUAUGUAAUAUCAAAACAAUGUAGAACUGAACUUUACUUUCCUGUUGAUAUAUCUUCCCAGAAAUUACUGAAAACAUUACAUUUUUCGAGUCGUGUAUUGUGAUUAUAUGAAUCUCAAAUGGAGUCAGAGGUAGAAGAUAACGUUUGGAAAGCUCCAGACGGUUCCUUUACUAAAGUGGUUCUCAGCAAGGGAUUUGGAUUCUUCACCCCUCAAGACGGUUCCAUUUGUAAAGUUAAGGUGCUCGGCGACGAAAACAGCAUCGUGCAGCCGCUGGACGGCGAUGCGGUCAAGGACGUGAAGAUCGGAGAAGCCGAUUCUGCAGUGGAUAAGAUAUUGGAAGCUUGCGUGAAAACGAUGAAAGAGGAGGAAGUGUGCGAGUUGAUCAUCACCGGGAGCGUCGAGGAAGACGAAGACAUGAGCCCAACUUCCUACGACGGUAACAGAUCGCCCGUAGACGUUAAGAUGAAGGAGGUGGGUGAAGAAGGCGAUGCCGCAGUCGAGGACGAUGCCGAAGCGAAAGAAGAUUCGGAGGAAAAGGAAGAAUCUACGGUCGAAGGAGAAAAAGGAGAUGACGAUCGGGUUAAAGUAAAACUUCAGUUGUUGGUUUUUACUAGAGAACCCGAAAUAUGGGAAAUGAGUAUUACGGAAAAAUGGAGAAGGGCCUCUCACCACAAAGCUAAGGGAGUGGAGUUGUAUUCUGUGGGAAAGAUCAAGUGGGCCUUUAGGCGAUUUGGUCUGGCGUUACGCUACGUCGUCUCUCUGGAGCACGACAUCCCUCCCGAACACAACUGUGACGAACAGGGUAUGGAUAUUAAAGGUUUGAAAGUGUCCUGUUAUCUAAAUAUUGCAGCUUGCCAGUUGAAACACAAUAAUUAUAACAAUGCAGUGAUUAAUUGCACGAAAGCUCUAGAGCUCGAUCCAAACAAUCUCAAGGCAUUGUUUAGGAGAGGCGUCGCGCUGAUCCACAUCCAAGAAUACGAGAGGGCAAAGGAAGAUUUGGAUAAGGUGUCCGAAAUGGAGCCGGAACAUCCGGCGAUCACCAAACAACAACAGAAGUUAAAAGCUCGCGUACAAAAGUUGAAUGCUUAUUACGCCAACGCAAUGAAAAAAAUGUUUUCGUAAUUCCAACACGUUCGUUAAAUUUUUGUCCAUAUCUCUACGGAUUUAUAAACUUUUUGCCAUAUUCUAUAAUCGAUACGAGAUGUCAACUAAUGUGGAUAGUAAGGCAAUAUACAAAUACAAACUUCUGUCAUAUUUUUCUUUAUUAUACCAAAAUGCUAGUAUAAUACACACUUAUUUAACGAGUCACAUCUGAACGGCACCCCACAUUAAUCGACAUCUUGAAAGUGCCAUUAAUAACGAAUUGCUUUUUCAAUUUGUUUACACCAUAUUUUAUAAACUGAUUUAUGACACACACACACCAAAAAAAAGCAUUAAUUGUUGUAUAUAGAAAACAAUGUGAUAUUUGCAGAUGUUAUUUAUUUUCUGGCUUAUGGCUGCUUUGUUAAACAAUGAAUCGAAAAUAAUUCAAUCAAAAAUAUGAUGUGUUAUGCAAAUAAUUAAAGGUGCAUAUAAGCUGAAAAUUGCCAGAGACGUGUUAAAACGGCUGAAAAAUUUAACUCCUUUCGAAUUUUCGUCUAGUCUGUUGUAGAUUCUUCAUCAUCUUCACGAACAAAUUAUCAUAGUUAAUUGAACAAAUGUGUACAAUUUCUUAAUUUAACAUCAAUAAAAACACGUUAAAAUGUUUUUGUACAUUCUUUUUCUAUUUAAAAGCAAAAAAAUUAAUUAACUUAAAUUUCC